CCUUGGCGGUGGAAGGUGUGUCUUGACUCGUCUCUGAUUCUCACUCGUGCUGCCACUCCAUCAAUAUCAUUUCAAGGUCACCACAGUUCCACGAUGCUCGGCUACUCUCUGCUGCUGGUGUCGCUGCUGGGGAUAACGCGUGUGGCGGGACAUGACUGGGCGUUGGGUGCCUGCCCAUCUGUCAAGCCCGUUGAUAACCUCGCCGUCGACAAGUUCCUGGGUCUGUGGUACGUCAUCGAGCAGUUCGACACGUCAUCUCUGUGCCUGACUAUGGUUAGGUGGCCUCUCAGUCAAUAUAUAAGGGUCAGGUGGCCUCUCAACCUGGCAGGGAAGGGCGAUUACAUCGUGUUCGACACGGACUACACGCACUACGCCGGCAUCUACGAGUGUCAGGCGGUGACGUCACUCAUGCACAGGAAGAGCGCCUCCAUCCUCUCCAGGGAGCCUACCUUGUCUCCUGACUACGUCGACAGGGUAAAGCGUCGGCUGACGUCAUUCGGCAUCGACUUGCGUCACCUGGACCGCAUCUCGCACGAGGGCUGCCGCAGCAAGGCUGACGCUGACGUCAACCUGCACGUCGACGGCGACACGCUGACUAACGUCAUGUCAGGAGCCAGGGACGGCAUCGAGGACGCUGCUAACACUUUCAUCAACGGCAUCCGUGGUAUAGCAACAACGGUCUCGAAUGUCACACAAAACACCUUCAACAAUUUCCCCGGCAUUACCACCAGCACAUUCGGAAAUACCGUCACUAAUACCCCUAGUACUGGUUUCGGUGGUAGCUCAACCACCACCACGAGCCCUGCAACCACGAAGAGUGUUGAUGUGAACAUCAGAACUGGUAGCACUGUUCCGGAUGAAGAUGUGAACAGCGUUCUUACUGAAGACAAUCUCGAGGAGAACUUCUACUCUGUUGCUAACAGUUCUAUCACGCCAUCGGAGGACGAAAUAUAUCGGGUGGUCAGAACUGAGUAGGCUGGUCGGGUGGUCAGAACUGAGUAGGCUGGUUGGGUGGCCAGAACUGAGUAGGCUGGUCGGGUGGUCAGAACUGAGUAGGUUGGUCGGGUGGUCAGAACUGAGUAGGCUGGUUGGGUGGUCAGAACUGAGUAGGCUGGUCGGGUGGUCAGAACUGAGUAGGUUGGUCGGGUGGUCAGAACUGAGUAGGCUGGUCGGAUGGUCAGAACUGAGUAGGUUAGUCGGGUGGUCAGAACUGAGUAGGCUGGUCGGAUGGUCAGAACUGAGUAGGUUGGUCGGAUGGUCAGAACUGAGUAGUUUACCCCUAUAAUACUGAACGUACAACACGCAUCACUGAAAAAAUUACUUUUACAGAACCAUGGGUAUAAUAAUAUCGGACAGUUAUAGGGAAAAAUUACUUCAGGCAAUGAUCCCUCAUUACGACUUCACGCAAGUGCACUUACGUUCAGCUUGUCCAAAGUUCAAGGUUAGAACAAGAACAAAGCUCUAUAAGGUCAAAACUCGAAUAAAGAUCUAUGUUAGAACUAAGCAUUGUAUCUUAUUAACGGGAUAAUGAUCUAUAUACCAUCGAGGCAUUAGCCAUAUGUCAUAAUUAUUCUUAUUGUUAACGAAGAAAUUCAUAUUUCAACUCUAUUUACCCUUGUUUUAUUCUAGUUGUUUGUAUGUCUACGUAGAUAUUAACUAUCACAUAAAAUACAAGUAGCACGCAAGUAUAUAACGUUUAAAAUAUAACGAAUCUCACCAACAUAUACAAAUAUAUUAACAUGCCUUGUUUUCCUUAAGUAAAUGAGUUAAUUAAUUUUUUAUUAUCAAAAUAUACUCUUUGCUUUUGAAUCUUAUUAUAACUCCAUACUGCACAGAGAAGCGGGAAGGAUCUAGAUCUAGAUGAUCCUGAUAUAGAUGAUCCUGAUCUAGAUGAUCCUGAUCUAGAUGAUCCUGAUCUAGAUGAUCCUGAUCUAGAUGAUCCUGAACAAGAUGAUCCUGAUCUAGACAACUCUUCUAUUUUUUCCAGUAAAUAUGGCCACGUUAA